AUGAGAACUCACAAAGGUGAGAAGCUGCAUUCAUGUGAAACAUGUGGGAAAAGUUAUAGUUACAGAAGUCAAUUGACUGUCCACAUGAGGUGUCACACAGGUGAGAAGCCAUAUUCUUGUCAGAACUGUGGGAAAUGUUUCAGUCGCCAACACAGUCUGACACUCCAUAUGAGGACUCACACAGGUGAGAAGUCUUAUUCUUGUGAAAGCUGUGGGAAAGCAUUUGGUAGCAGUAGUGAAUUGACUGUCCACAUGAGGUGUCACACAGGUGAGAAGCCAUAUUCUUGUCAGAACUGUGGGAAGUGUUUCAGUCGCCAAGGCCAUCUUACUGUCCACAUGAGGUCUCACACAGGUGUGAAGCCUUAUUCUUGUGAAAUGUGUGGGAAAGCAUUUGGUAGCAGUGGUAUAUUGACUGUCCACAUGAGGUCUCACACAAGUGAGAAGCCAUAUUCUUGUCAGAACUGUGGGAAAUGUUUCAAUCACCGACACAGUCUGACACUCCAUAUGAGGACUCACACAGGUGAGAAGCCAUAUGAUUGUCAGACAUGUGGGAAAUGUUACAGUCGCCGAGACCGUCUGACUGUCCACAUGAGGACUCACACAGGUGAGAAGCCUUAUUCUUGUGAAAGCUGUGGGAAAGCAUUUGGUAGCAGUAGUGAAUUGACUGUCCACAUGAGGACUCACACAAAUGAGAAGCCUUAG